ACUGCUGGUGGCUUAUCAACAAAAUCGUAAAAAUUUGCCACCUCAGAGUUCAGCAUAUGAAAUGGCAUUAACUAAACGUAUAAAAUGUUUCAAAUAUAUGGUAUACUGUUAUAUUGUCCUAUUAGCGGUCACUGGCUGUGCACAAAUAUUUUUGGGCACAUCCCUGCUGUGGGGUCAUUCCGGCCACUAUGGCGUUGUACAAAAUAGGCUAUGGGCCCCAGCUGCCUUGCUCCUGUGUUUGGGUCCGGGUACAUUUAUUUUAUGCUGGAUUGGCUGUCAGGCCACCAAUCAAAAGAAAAAAUGUCUUUUGGGUCUGUUUGCCACCUUUCUGGUCAUCAAUAUUCUAAUACAAUUCCUGUUGUGCGGCUGGUCCUUGGCUAUGCGUGAACAUUUGCCAUCAUCGGUGGAGAUAUAUAUCGAUGAUUCAUUUGUCGAAUUUUUGGAUAAAUUCUCCAGGACCAAGGUUGAUAACCUACAUUUAUGGAAUAGGAUGCAAUCACAGCUACAAUGCUGUGGCGUUGAUGGACCACUUGAUUAUCGCCGUUUAUCAUUACCCUGGUCCUGCUGCUCGCGACCUGAAACCGCUUAUGAAUCAGCCUGCGAUACUCAUUAUAAACGAGGCUGUUUAGCCGUUGUCUCCGAACAAAUUAAAUAUACACUACUGAUAACUGCAUUUGGUGCUGCCAUUAUAGCCAUAUUCCAGAGUUUGGGCCUAUUUUGUGUUGUUCAUUUGGCCAUACUCUAUGGUAAAAACGACAAUGGCUAUGAUAAUAAUAAACUUAGCAAGAAACGCCAGCAACAGUUUCUGCCACUCUCCAUACAGGAUAAACGCCAGGAUAUACCAUCACCAUUGAGUUUGUCACCCACGGCACCAGGGCAUCGUGUGCUAAAAACUUCUGCACCCGGUGGUAAAAAAUGACAGACGAUUAGCUUUUAAGUGUUCAAUUGAAUUAAAACUAUUAAAAAAAAACAAAACAAAAAAAAAAUCAUAAAAAACUACAAAAAAA